CAUUAUGUAGUUUAGGUAUAUUUUUAAUUUUAAUAUUUUAUGAAGUAUCUUUAUACAUUUAUGUAUAUAUAUUCAUGGAAAACCAUGUAUCUGAUAUAAUUUUAAAAAUAUUCUUCUCUUUUGUAGUGCGUCAAAUAUACAUGCUUUUUCCCCAUCCUGAAAAAAACUUAAUGCUUAAUAAAAAACAAAAAGAUCAUCCGUACUUAUAGCUGUCGCGCGAACAUCUUGCGAAACGCGUGCCAAUUUUCCGUUGCUAAAAACGCGCGAGAGAACUUCCCAAGUGCUGUGAACGUGGACGCGAGUCCAUAUAUAGUCUGUUAUCAACAACGUGUGGUCUGUCGAAUCAGUUGUGGUUGGGAUCGCUGGUCGCAUCGAUCGUGGACGGUGUUCCCGUGGUUCCGCGAUCGCUGACAAGAAAGGAAAACACUCCGAGUGCUCCAGAGGGAGUUCCACGGUCGUAGACGUCGUUGUCCUCGUCCGUGACACGACCUAACUUUGGUACAGGCGUUUUGGUAUCGAUCACUGGCGUUGCGCUCACGACAACGCAAGCUCGACUCGAAACGCGUAUCCGUCGAGGUAAAGGGGCGGCGAUAUCCUCCCUCUGGCUUCCGUUGAGUGUCCCACGUCUCUGCGCCACCGCUUCUACCCUCUUAACCCGCUCCUUUAUUUUUCGCCCUCUUUCUCUCGCAUCCUCGGCGGGAAGGAGGACGAGAAGCAGGAAAGAUGAGCGAUCAAGAGGAUCUCGACUACUACAUCAUGUUCCCGUCGUUUCCGCCGUAUCCGAAAGAUCCGACGUUGACCACCGGCGGCCAGGAUCAGCGCGAGGAGUUCGUGUUCGUCUACGAGGAGGACAAACGACCGGUGGUUGUGCUUCUAGGAUGGGCCGGCUGUCAGGACAGAUACCUGGCCAAGUACAGCGCGAUAUACGAGGAAAAGAGCUGCAUCACACUACGAUACACGGCCCCAGUAGAAUGCCUGUUCUGGAGAAGAGACAAACUGCCUUACAUCGGGAAACGAUUGAUCCAGGUGAUCAUUGACAAGAGCCUGGACCAGCAUCCGAUAUUCUUCCACGUCUUCAGCAACGGAGGCGCGUUUCUGUAUCAGCACGUAAGCCUGGCGAUGCAACAGUCUAACACGCCGCUCAAGGUCAAAGGAGUAAUAUUCGACAGCGCACCUGGCGAAAGGAGGUUGACCACCCUCUUCAAGGCGGUCAGCGUUAUCAUCGGUGGACAUCCGCUCAUGAACAUACCAAUGUCCUUCUUUAUAACGAUCUUCCUCUAUGUGCUUUGGUUCCUCGAGGUACGAGCAUGGUAUUUCACCUCUUCGACUUUCCAGGGCAUACGAAACUUGCACUUUGAACAUACAGUUGCAUGCAAAAGUUUCCGGCCAAAAAUAAUUUUGGAAUAAAAUUAUGUAUAAUAGGUGUAAAGUAGAAAUACAAAUAUACCAUAGUAAAGAGCUUUUAUUAUACUAUCGAAAUGUACAACUAAAAAAUUUGAUACAACAAGUAAUAAUUAUUUAUAACAAAAAUAACAAUUUUUACUUUUUCAUAAGUAUCCGGCCAAGUACAAAACCUGAAGAGAAGACACGAUAACUGAAGGAAAAAUGUUCAAAAAUGGUUACAAAUGUAACAUUAUCGUCGAUAUUUAGUAACCAUACCCUGUGAAGCUAUCACGGCGGCACAUCGGUGAGGCAUCGAUUCAAUAAGUUUGAUGAUUCUAUCUUGAGAGAUAUUUCUCCACUCUUCUUGAAUUCUUGUCGAUAAAACAGCUUUAUUGGUACAAUUAACAGUUUCUAUUCU